AUCGGCGCUCUUCUUGCUCUCGUGGGAAAGGAUUGGAUAAUGCCGACGUGCGCCUGCGAGAAUAGGACUCCAGACGAGUCGGGGGAGCACGUUUGCUCCCUGAAACCACCGAUGGAGAAGGACAAGGCCAAAGAGACCAGGGAAUACACCAGUCCGGUUAGGUACAGCGAUGGCUCCGUACGGUUACGAAACCCUAAUAUUGAGCUCAUGGAUCAGGAUAUAUUGUACCAUCUCGCGCUCGGCAGCGGUUCCCAUGAUCUCGUUGAAAUGUUUGGCGACAUCAAAUUCGUCUGUAUGGGCGGUACGCCGAAACGGAUGGAAAACUUUGCCAACUACAUUAUGAAGGAGAUUGGUCACAAGCUGCCUGCCGGAACAACUCUUCUCGACAUCACUAAGAACUCUUACCGCUAUUCUAUGUACAAAGUCGGUCCUGUUCUCUCUAUCAGCCAUGGUAUGGGCGUACCUUCGGUCAGCAUUCUUCUCCACGAAGUUAUCAAACUGAUGUACCACGCGAAAGUGAAGGAUCCAGUUUUCUUCAGGAUCGGAACUUGCGGUGGUAUUGGCUACGAAGGUGGUACGGUGAUUAUCUCGGAGGAGGCCGUGGACGAGACGAUGAAAUCUCAGAUGGAACUGGUGGUGCUCGGGAAGGUGGUGCGGAGACCGGCCAAGCUCGACCGACAGCUAGCCCGCGAUCUUAAAGCCCUGGCCCACCGCGACGAUCCCUACGACACCGUGAUCGGCAAAACCAUGUGCUCCAACGAUUUCUAUGAGGGCCAGGGUCGUCUUGACGGCGCGUUCUGCGAGUUUACGGAGACCGACAAGAUGGAGUAUCUCACCAAGCUACAGAAGGCCGGCGUGGUGAAUAUCGAGAUGGAGAGCAUUUGUUUCGCCGCUUUAACGCAUCAUGCCGGCAUCCAGUCCGCCGUUGUAUGCGUGACACUGUUGGACCGACUCAAAGGCGACCAGGUUUUAGCGCCCAAGGAAGUGUUAGAAGAAUGGCAGAUGCGACCGCAGACGCUGAUCGCCCGCUACAUUACCACGUAUCUUCAACGAAAGGGUCGUCUCUCACUGGAAGGUCACGGUUCUAUGUAUGUGAAGAGUCCGCGUCGCUUUAAACUGGUACAACAGGAAUCUGAGAAUUACGACUAAUAAGUUGUCGCGACGAGAGUUCGAAGAUAGCUAUAAAGAUCUCCCGGGGUUACAGUGCGAUCGGAUACAUCGGCUCGACUUUAGAGUCGGCGAUCGCAAUUAAUUUACGUCGCACAAAUCGCCUCGUAUUCGUUUAUUGUUUAUUUAUUUGCAAAAAAAUAAUUUUGCUCGCAAGAAAAGUCGCGUAACAAGCGACGUAUGAAAAAAACGAUGUAUUUGAGAUAAAGAUAGAAGAUGGACGAAGAAUUAAAAAAAAAAAAACAAAACAGGAGCAGAUUUGAUCGAUUGAAAUAUUAUACGGCGUAAUAGAAUUUUUUAAACGUCUCUUGAAAAACGUAAAACACACACAUAUUUAAAAAUUCCUAUUAUUAUAUCCUCCCUUCCUAUAUGAUAUUUAAAUUACUAACAAAUUACUAUAAAUCUGCCUCAAUAUUCAAAUUUUUCUUACUUGAUGAAAUCCUUGAUUAAAAUAUUCAAGAUCCUUUUUAUCCGACAAGAAACUUUGAGUACAAAUGAUUGCAUAGCUAAAUAGCACAAUAUCUUGUUUUGUAUUUUAUUUUGGCGUGUAUCAUUCUUUUUCAAUAUUUAAAUGGCUCAAAAUUAAAUGAAUUUUUUUUUAAUUGGAAAAUUGCCUGUGAUUUGAUUGUGUUUUAUGACUUAUUGAUAGUAAUUUUAGCCAGGAAUUAUAUAAUUUCUCGCAUUGCGAGAAAGCCAUUAUACGUGCGACAAUGACACGGUGAUUCCUGAGACUCGCGAGAAAAUUAACGACUAUCAAUGUCGACGCGACCGCCAAAGCUUCACCGUUUAUUUCGCGCGGUGUUCCAAGUACAAAGUGUGCAGAAAUUUACAAACUGCGCUCGAACGAGAAAACCAUGCACAUUUUUCACAAAUACAUAUCUUUUGAGAUCAAUUGCAUCAUCUUUGAUUAAUGCGGCUCGUAAUUAAUAAAUAUAUCUUGUAAUCUGGGAUAUCGAAAUGAGAUUGUCACUUAAAUUCUUGUCUACAAAAUCAUGUUGUUUAAAAAAUCAUCAAUAAAGCAUGACAUUGAAUCCCAGAUAUGUAGAAUUGAAACGGCAGCCAUGAUAAGGAAUUGAGAUAAUCAGAAGUUAAUCAAAAUUACGGUGCAAUUGGUCGCAUAGUUUCGUAGAGAUUUAAUUUUAGAAUUCACAGGGACAAGAACGUACAGCACGUUCGGAUAUUCGCCGAUUAAACAUAAGAAGAUUUGUUUUCUUCUGUUAUAAUACCCUAAAUGAAUGACGAUGAUUGUUUUGUAAAUUUUCAGAGAUUUAUAUUGAGAAUUUAGACCAAAAAUUCGCUAACGGACCUAUCCGCGAUUUAUUAUCCGAAGUUUGCGUGUUGUAUCGAGAGCAGUUUUAAGAGAUAUUGUAAAUUUAGCCUCGCGCAAUCGCCGGCGUGUAAUAUAGACACACGCAGUGAUGUGAAGAAUAUAUAUACAUAUGUAUUAGCACUCUUUAGGAAGUUCGCGGUAGCACACAUUC